GAUCUUUCGGGGGCUGCUCCCAGGACCUAUAGGUAGUGCAGGAAGUGACAUCCACCAGUGGUUUUUGAAGGCUGGACCAUUGGUCCGUAAUAGCUUCUGUCUACUGACACACAUGGUUUUCCUCACGCCAACGGCCUCCUUUCCCCCUUUCAUUGGAGACUGGAUAAAUUGGAAUAUCUAAGGAAAGGAUCUUAAUUGACCACAUAGUGAAAGCGAAUUUCCAUGGGUGUAGCUGAGCCUCUUGGCAGCCACUUUACCCUUGCUUAUGGAAUGUGCAGAAAUGGCGGAUCUCAAUCGGGAGCACCUCUUUCAUCACGGUGGUGUUCUAGGUUCCACAGAAAUGCCACAGUCACCUCUGGGUCAUCUAUUCCUAGGAUAGAUUAAGAAAUCAAAUUCUUAAAAUUUUCAUAAAGCUUCAGCCAUUUCAGAGUGAAGAAGUGAGAUGAUUUAGAGAUGUUAUUUGUUCUUCUGGACCAGUCUGGCCACUGGCAUAUAUAGAAUUAAGAUCUCAGUUGAUAAAUUGUAUCUUCCUUAGUCACCUAACUUAGAAAUUACAAUUACCAUUGCUAAUAAUUUCUGUUCUUUUGUUUCCUUAAAUCUCCAGAGCCAAUAUCAAGUCCCUAGUAUACACCUUAUGGCAAAAUUUAUAUCAUUAUAGGUAAUAUUUAUCACUUAUUAAGGACUAACUUUGAGUCAGAGACUGUUCUAUAUGCUUUUUAUAUGUUUUAUCAAUUAUGUCUCUGAUAGUCCUUGGAGGUAGGCACCAUCCCUCCCUCCAUUCUGAAGAUGAAGACACAGGCAGAGGAAGACAAGUGUUUGCCUGAGGUCCCAGAGCUAGUAAGUGGCAGAGCCCAGCAGCCUCAUCCCAUGCUACACACUGAUGUCCUCUGCAGUCUAAACAGCUCCCUCAGACUCAUUGUAAUUUAAAAAGAUUUAUGAAUGUUGAAGAUCAUAAGCACACCUCACCUUUGCUUUAUGUAUGACAGACAAUGCAUUAUGUUGCUUAAUUCUUUAAACAGUCAUCUCAACAGCUGUGAUUUCAUUGAUAAUAGUUUAUUAUUAUUUACAAAUCAUCUGAACCAGAGUUUUCUAGGUUCUCAGCAUAUUUCAAACUUCCUUCAUAUUGUAUAAAGUCCUUCAAUAUUGCCAGUGCUGAGGAAUUUAUUUGAAAUUACAUUAAAAUGUAUUUAUUUUAUUGUCUAUUGUUGAAAAUGCCAGUGGUGAUUGUCCUUUGUUUUUAUAGAGAGGGACCAGGACCACCAUUGUUUGCAGUUUCUGAAAGUGUUUCAAGGAAAAAAUUCAGGCGUUGGUGGGAGCAAUGGAAGAUCAUAAGUCAGAAGAAGAGAUAUUAGAUAUUCUUCGACUGAAUGUAGGUGGCUGUAUUUACACAGCCAGGCGUGAGUCCUUGUGCCGAUUUAAGGACUCCAUGCUGGCAUCCAUGUUCAGUGGUCGUUUUCCUCUAAAAACAGAUGAAUCAGGGGCUUGUGUUAUUGACCGUGAUGGACAUCUAUUUAAAUACCUUUUGGAUUAUCUUCAUGGAGAAGUUCACAUUCCCACAGAUGAGCAAACCCGAGUUGCUCUACAGGAAGAGGCUGAUUACUUUGGCAUCCCUUAUCCUUACAGCCUGUCUGACCACUUGGCUAAUGAAAUGGAGACAUAUUCUUUAAGGUCAAAUAUAGAACUUAAAAAGGCUUUAACAGACUUCUGUGAUUCAUAUGGUUUGAUUUGCAAUAAACCAACAGUUUGGGUUCUCCACUAUCUUAACACAUCUGGUGCAAGCUGUGAGAGUAGAAUUAUUGGUGUAUAUUCCACAAAAACUGAUGGAACAGAUGCUAUUGAUAAGCAGCUGGGAGGAAGAAUUCACAGUAAAAGCAUUUUUAAAAGAGAGGCGGGAAAUAAUGUUCAGUACAUUUGGAGCUAUUAUUCAGUAGCAGAACUGAAGAAAAUGAUGGAUGCCUUUGAUGCCUGGGAAGGAAAAGGUGUUAGCUACUGGCGAGUGCCUCACGAGCUGAUAGAGUGUUGGACUCUGGAAGAGCGGCCUUUACUUGGAAGCCUGCGUCACAUGGCUCCGAUUCGAAAGAGGAGGCUGGCGGCGCCGGGGGAGCAGGAAGAAGGUGUGAACUGUAAGGCUGGGCCUAAGCCUGUUAGAUUUUUGGGCCCUUCCACCAGCACCCAAAUUAAGGUCAAGAACUCGGCUUCGGUCAGGGUGUCUCCCACUAGUGCCCUCCAAGCCGGGGCCCCGGCCACGGCGAACCAGCCUUCCUGCGGAGGGACAGCCCAGCGCUCCGCUCCGGCGAAAGCCCCGACGGGCACUGAGCCUCCGGGCCGCGCCCCGGCUUCCCACGGGCCCCGGAACGCUGAAAAUGGAGCCGCGCACCCCCCUCCAGCUAAGGUUCUGCUGUCGGACACGAAGGCCGCCCCACGCCGAGUGAUCAAGCUGAAGCGGACUCCACUGUGUGCCACCGGGCCUCCCGUGCCCGCCUGCCCAGCAGCCACGCCCUCGGGGGGCUCCGCGCCGCCCCCCGCGGAAGCGCGCACCUCGGGUGUGCGGACUGAAAAUGGACAGGGCAAGGCUGAUUGAAGGAGGCAGGACUCCAGAUGUUCUGUUUGCCUCCCAGAGCUUCCAGCCUGGUUGAUAUAAAUAAGUGACACUGUUGACGCAGUAAAGGUGAAAACUAAAGUGUUUGUAUUCAGGAUAAUUACGGGAAAAAUAAAUUGUGUGGCAUGAGAAUGGAAGAGGGGAGACUUUAGGUGGUUGGCGCUAUAGUUACUUCUCACUUUCCCAACUUUUAAAUGAUUGUUUGUCCACAGACAGUUUGAAUUUCAGGUUUUUAAUGGUUACUUGGUAUUAAGGCAACAAAACAGUACAGCAAAGUCAUCACUAGAGAAGUUUACUUUGUUGCUCAAUUAGUGAUAGACUUUACACACUCUGUAAUGUUACUCAUUGCAGCCCAGGGAUAGGAGUGAGUCUAGACUUAGAUCUUCCUGCCUGGUGAGUAGAGAGGGUGAUUUAGUGCUUCCCUGGCCUAUAUCACAACCAAGAGAGACAUGAGAGAAGACGUAGAUCAAGGUGAACUACUACAAGUUACUCUCAGCCUCAGAAGGCAACAUGAAAAGAAAUGAUGGGGAGGGAAAAAAGAUAAUUUGAGAUCACACUUUGACUUUCACUUAAUUAAACUGUUCUCUUUUCUA